UGUCUAUCAUAAAAGGCGGCUGCGUUUUCCUCAUUCGUCACCGUCGUCGUCGUCUUCUUCUUCUUCUUCACAGAAAGAGAGAGAGAGAGAGCGAGAGAAUGUCGGGAGGAAUCGCGCGCGGUCGUCUCGCCGAGGAACGCAAGUCCUGGCGCAAGAAUCACCCCCAUGGUUUUGUGGCGAAGCCAGAGACUGGUUCAGAUGGCACUGUCAAUUUGAUGGUUUGGCACUGCUUACUCCCUGGAAAACCCACUACUGAUUGGGAAGGUGGCAACUAUCCACUUACUCUCCAGUUCAGUGAGGAUUACCCCAGCAAACCCCCAAAGUGCAAGUUCCCCCAGGGUUUUUUUCACCCUAAUGUCUAUCCUUCUGGAACUGUUUGCCUUUCAAUUCUCAAUGAGGAUAAGGGGUGGAGGCCCGCCAUUACUGUGAAGCAAAUCCUUGUAGGCAUUCAGGAUUUGCUAGACCAGCCAAAUCCUGCUGAUCCAGCACAAACUGAGGGUUAUCAGCUCUUUAUCCAGGAACCAGUCGAGUACAAAAGAAGAGUUCGGCAGCAGGCAAAGCAAUAUCCAUCUGUUAUCUGAUUAAUGUUUUUAUUAUCUCAUUGUUUAGUAACUUGACCUAUCUCAAGUAGGUUCGCAGUUGACCUGCAUCCUUUUUCUCUCUUUGUUUAUGGAUGUCUGUAUGUUGUAGUUCUCAUUCUCAAUUGUGACAGAACUAAGAAUUUGAAGACAUUAAAAGCUUUUAUGCACAACUUCAAACUUCAAACU